GAUUCACAAAGAUUGUUCCCCAUCCUUCCUCUCUUAAUUUUUUCAGGGAUUGGUGAAUAUAGUCAAGACUUAUCAAAAGGAAGCUAAUGUGUCUGGGUCUGGACACAUGUCAGAGCUCAAGCAAUACAAUGAGAUACAAGAAUUGAGAAUUCUUCUUGUAGGAAAACAUGGCUCAGGGAAGAGUGCUGCAGGAAACAGCAUUCUGGGCAAGUGUAUGUUUGAGUCCAGACUCAGUGAACAGCCCAUGACCCAAGUGUGUAGGACAGAGCAGCGGAUCUGGAAACAACGAAAAGUUGUGCUCAUUGACACUCCAGAUAUUUUUUCCCAAACAGUUCCCCAGAAAGAGCUCCACCAUCUCUCUUCUCUAUGCUCCCCAGGUCUGCAUGCCCUCCUCCUGGUGAUCUCACUGGGCUCUUACACAGAGGAAGAUGAAAGAGUGGUGGGGAACAUCAAGAAAGUUUUUGGAGAAGAGGCUCUUAGGAGGCAUGUGAUCCUUCUGUUUACCCGGAAAGAAGACUUGGCAGGCAAGGACCUGAUGGAGUUCAUAUGGAACACAAAUAAGUCUCUUCAGAAUCUUAUUAAGACCUAUGGAUUUCAGUAUUAUGCUUUCAAUUACCGAGUCACAGGAGAGGAGGAACGACUCCAAGUGAAUGGGCUUCUGGAGAAGAUUGACAAAAUGGUGUAUGACAAUGGAGGCCAGCUUUGUAUCUUUAUGAAACCUGCUAUUAGAUCUGAUCCAAUGAUGCCAAAAGAGCUGAGACUCAUCCUGGUAGGGAAGACAGGAAGUGGGAAGAGUGCAACUGGAAAUAGCAUCCUUGGCAAGAAAGUCUUUGAGUCAAAGCUCAGUUCCAGGCCAGUGACCAAGAGCUGCCAAAGAGAGAGCAGAGAAUGGGAUGGAAGGACACUUGUUGUCAUUGACACCCCAGAUAUCUUUUCCACCAAAUCCCAAACAAAUGGAGAUCUGGAGAUCUGUCACAGCAUGGUACUCUCGUCGCCAGGACCUCAUGCCCUGCUUCUGGUGAUCCAGGUGGGCCGGUACACCAGUGAGGACAAGGAGACCCUCAGGCGCAUCCAGGAGAUAUUUGGAGUUGGAAUCCUGUCUCACACCAUUCUUGUCUUCACCAGGAAAGAAGAUUUAGGUCUGGAAACCCUGACAAAAUAUUUAAGUGAAACAGACAACAAAAACUUAUUCUGGCUGGAUAGGGUUUGUAAAGGAUUUCACUGUGGUUUCAACAAUAAAGUUGAAGGGGAGGAACAGGAAGCCCAACUAAAGGAACUGAUGCGGAUGGUAGAAGGGGUUCUUAGGAAAAAUGACUGGUGCUGCUACUCAAAUGUGAUGUAUACCUACAUCCAGGAAAAUAUUAAGCAGCUAAAAGAGGAGAUGGGAGAAGAGCCAACAGACCAGGGACAGAAUUCUAAGGGAACUUUCUGUAAAGAGAAUAUGGUAUCAGAGGAGUCAAAUCAGACCCACUCUGCCCUAGAACAUCUGAAGAACAUUCAGAGGAAAUAUGAGCAGCAUCAAAAAUCAGUACUGGACAAAGAGUCUCAGACCUCUUGGGUGGAAAUCAACUCAGUGUGGGAACAUUUCUCUAACAGGAUCCCCAGAAUGUCUUUUUGUAAUCCAAAAACCAUUUCCAGUUGUCCAAACCCAAGCAUUAUGAUAGGGGGGAAAGAACAGAGAGCCAGGAAUCUAUGUAAAAAAAAGGUCAGGGAGGAGUCACUAGCCAGAGAGGAUCACUUGAUGGCAAGUAGUCUGGAUUAAACAACACCAUCCCAUGAUAUGUGUCACUAGUUAUACUUCCAAUGAUUUUUCUAUUCAUAAUCUUAUCUUCUUCUUCCUACAACCCUGUUGGUGAAGUUGGAUGAAAGGAUUCAUGGUAGAAAGGGAUGUUAAAAAAUUUGAAUCCAAUCCCUUCAUUUUUCAGAGUAGAAUCUAAAAGACUCAACUGCCCAUUGUACCUCUGCCAAAGACUAAUUCUACGUCCUGAACAAUCAGUCAAUCUGGUGUGACUAUCUUCUUUGACAAGUGAGAAAACAAAUCUGGUCCCUUCCUGCUAUAUGUAGUCUCCCAUGAUGUCAAGCCAUUGAAAAUAUUCUGCAGAAGGCUCUGACUCCUUUCCCUCCUCUCCCCUUCAUUGCUCUAUUCUAGGUGGAAAAAUUACAAUUACUGUAGAUUCCUCCCUUCUAAAACUCAGAUUCCUUGAACUUCAUUUAAUAGAUGGUGAAACUGAAGUUUAAUGAAAAACAAAGAGUCAAUUAGGAGAGAAAUCUAACAUUCUUUAGGAAAGUAGGAAGGGAUGGGCAUAUGAGAAUAGGGACAGGGUAAUAGAAGAGAGGACAUAUUGGGGGAGAGGGUAGUCAGAAGCAAAACCCUUUUGAGGAGGGAUAGGGCCAAAGGAGAGAGAGAGUAUAAUGAUCUAAGACCGCUCUGAAGGAUUUAUGCUGAAAAAUGCUGUCUAGGCCCAGAGAAAGAACUGAUUGUGUCUGACUACUAUAGAGUGAAGCACACUUUUUUUUCUUAAACUUUUGUUUUCUUGAUUUUUUUGGGAGAAAUCUAUGUUUUCUUUCAUAACAUCACUUUUAUAGAAAUGUUUGCGUUACUUCACAUGUGCCUUCUCAAUGUGUGGGAGGGAAGGAGGAAGAAAAUCUGGAACUCAAAGUUUUAAAAACAAAUAUUAAAAAUUGUUUUACAUAUAACUAGGGGAAAUUAAAUAUUAAAUAAAUAAUGAAAAAACCCUUACCAUAAAGA